GCAAAAGAGAGAGAGGAGGUGGAGAGAAAACACAGUUCUGAAGGCAGACCGAAUCCGAGAACACGAGUGAUGAAUAAAGCGUGCCGUCUGAUGCUGUGUGUGGCUCCAAAUGCUCAGUAAAUUUAGAGACCUCUGUGCAGUUUUGCAACCAACAUCAGGCAACCAUGCUGCCCUGGAAGAUGCUUAUAGUUGCUCUUUUCUGCUGCUGCAUCGAGGCAGGUGCCACACAACAUCGGGCUAAUGCCUUAUUUCCAGCUGCAAGUAGUAUAAAAAGAGGAGUGACAGCUGCGGUGAACCCCACUUUCAUCAGCUCCAUCAGUGAUGCUCACCUGCUGUUUGAGAUACUGAUGUCUGGCAUACAGUUUGAAUCCAGUGGAGCGUUUUCGGUCACAGAUGCUGAACUAGCUUCCCUUCAAAAGACAAGAAACCUGGAUUUCAUCUGCGAAGAGAUCAUUCCGAAAAAGCUAACAGACAUAUUGAGGCUCAUAUCCGGUCUUUCAAAUCAUACUGGCUACCUGCAUCAGCACGAUUUUGAGCGCACUGUCUUGACUUUGGUGUACACUGCCCAUCAGAUGGUCAGCUCCGCUACUGAAUACCAAAGAGACGUGUGGGCAGAGUCCUUUGUAAGCCUAUACAAAUCCAUCAAGAAGGAUCUGAUACUGAGAAACUGAGUAAGCAGUGGUGCUGUGACACAAUGACUCACUGUUUAAUAUGCACACAGAUGAAAAGCUGAAGUGUUGGAGCUUGCAGCUGGAUGGCUGACAGAUCCUGAUGGAAAUGUCCUGUCAGUAAACGUCAGCAUGAAUUCAUAAAGUGCACAGAAAGAAAAUAAACACAAUCAUUGUAAAAUAUUAACUGUUACAGCAAAUGUUCAUGCAAACAUGAGGUACUGUAUAUGAAACAAAUUCAUAUCUUGAAUGUAGCAUUAAACAUUGUGGAUUUAA